AUGCACAGCUCCCCAGGACCAUUCCCCAGCGGGCUUCAGCUGCUGUCUCCAUAUCCGACACCGUCCGUGUGUCCCUACUGUGGGACCCACAUCAUCACAGUGACCAAGGCUGUCCCAGGCACCCUUACCUGGAUUCUGUGCACCGGGAUCUGCAUGGCUGGGUGUAUCAUGGGCUGCUGCCUUAUCCCCUUCUGCGUGGACGGCUUGAUGGACGUGUUGCAUACGUGCCCUGUGUGCCAGCAGGAGCUCUUCUGCUACAAACACCUGUGA